UAGAUGUUUUCCUCUUCAGCGAAGGCCAAGGAGUGAGGGUAAAGAGCGAGUGGCGAACAUCCCCGGGAGUGAACAUGUCGGCAUGCAUAGCUUGUCCUUGCCCUUAGCUCGGCUUUCGGCCACUACAGGGCUUCUUUCUUCAUCGAUACCGCCCACGUGAGCAGCCUGACCAGGAAGUUGGCUAGGAAUAUGCUUCCCCUUAAGCUAUCUGAAGUUAUACCGGGCCGGUAGUUCGUCUGACCUGAGACAAAGCUCCAAUCAUGAUCACAGUUUCUCAAUUUAUGUUGAUCAUCUGGGGAUUCUUCCUCUUCUGCUCGUCUGAAGCCUCGGAUCCUCAUCUUGCUGUGAUUGCGGGAGAUUUGGGAAAUGCAACCGAUUGGAUUCAGCAGGAGAAAGCUUAUGGAACCCCAAUGCAUGUUAAGAAUUCAUAUGAGAGUGCCAACAUACUCCACAUGCACGUCCCCCAGCAAACAAAGAUUGCCUACUGGAAAGUCCGAGUGAAUGAAUCUCACACUAUCUGCCCAGCACGAAAUGUUUCCUUGUUACUUCAGCAUGGCAGUUAUCCAGUUACAAGCAUUGAUGGAGGGAAAUUCCCUGAAAAUUUUUAUUUCCCACUUGUAACCACAUACACUCUGCAGAGCCUGAGUGAUUCAAGCCUACAUUGGGUGAACGUAACAAAUCCUAUCCCUGGACACUGGUAUAUUUUAGCAUAUCUCAAUAGUGAAGAUGAUCGCAUCACACAGAAGGACCUGGCAGUGAAAUGUCUGGCCACAGUUUAUAUAGAAGGUGAGUACCAUGUCACAAAUGAUGUCAUCAUUAUCCUACCCCAAGUGCAUGACUAUCAAGAUAUCAAGCUUUACCAGAGUGUGACUGGUAGCCAGUUGUACAAGUUCUACGUGCCCAGUGAUACAUGGAGAGUUCGUGUGAACAUAACCAAAUGCCUGCGAGUAGUUCAUCCAGAUUCUGACACUUCAGCAGAAGAUAUGAGAGGAUGCUCAUUGCUCCUUUCUGUUUCCCCAGCCGCCUUCCCUAACAUCUUAAGAAACAAUACAAUGUGGAAGAACUGCAGUGAGGAGGCAGGUGAUGAAGGGAGCUGCACUCUUGAUUUCACCCCAAAGGAAGAUGCUUGGCACUACUUAAGUGUUUCUGCAUAUGGCAGCACAGUCAGCUUUGCUCUGUCUGUGGGCUAUCACUCAUGUAGUUAUGAGGCAUUAGAGCAGCAGUACAUGGUGAUGACAGAGCUACUGCCCUCUCAUAUCUGCGCCUCCCUGCUGAAAAGCCAGAAUGUGAAUUUGGAUGCCAGGACCCAGGGUCGGAAGGUUAUUGGAUGCUUGAGCCAAAUGGUGUGGUCAGAUUAUAACACCCUUCUUGGCAGCACAGCUUGUGGCUCAGGCUUCAUUCAGGUGAAUAACACGAAUCCUUCAGAAUAUCUUCAUGUCCCGUAUCCACUUCCUGGACUAUGGUACCUCAGUCUGUUUGCCCUGUGCUACCCUUUCAACAUCUCCAGUUCUAGUGAACCCUGUGAAGAUGACAAGUCAUUCAAGGUGCUAGUGAGCCUCAUCAAUGCACCUUGUGUUCUGGGCUCCUGUGGCCAGCAUGGGAAAUGUUACACAUACUUCUCAGGCAUGCAUCUGUUCUCUUCCUGUCGAUGCUUUCUUGGCUAUACUGGCUGGGACUGCAGUGAUGAUUCAAAAGCCAUGCAGGAUUAUGAGCUGCUGCUAUCAACACUCCUUCUCACACUGAGCAACAUCAUGUUCAUACCAGCUUUGCUGGUCUCACUCUAUAGACAUUUGUACCCAGAAGCUCUGGUUUACUUCUUUACAAUGUUCUUUUCAACGUUCUAUCAUGCCUGUGACCAGUCAUCUACCUACUAUUUCUGCCUGAUGAAGUAUGAUGUCCUGCAGUUCUGUGACUUUUAUUCUGGUCUCCUUGCACUCUGGGUGACAGUGAUUGCCAUGGCUGAUCUCCCUUUCACACUCUAUUCAAGUUUACAUCUUCUUGGAGCAAUUGGACUUGCUCUAGGUGUGCAGUAUGAUCGACAGGGGUUAUGGGUCUUCUUAAUCCCAUUCCUCUCAGCUUUCUUUAUCCUCACUGUUUCUUGGGUGGCCCAUUGCCGAAGUAAGCGAAGCUGUUUCCCCAAGAAGCCAUACUGGUACUCUGGCCUCCUCCCAGGCAUCUUGUUCUUUGCUGUUGGGCUGACAAUGUAUGCAUUCCUGCAGACGAACGACAACUACAAAUUUGUGCACAGUGCAUGGCACAUGUGCAUUGCUCUGGCCAUCUGCUUCCUCGUCCCCCGCAGCAAAGGUUUCAUCAUUGACGAAGGGACCAAUCAGAGUGAGAGUAAACAGAUGUAUGAAGAACAAGCUGUGGGAGCCAUGUCACCUCCUGCCCAGCUUCGCCUGUUCCCUGCCCUGACUUUGAGGGGGUUUGGCAGCACAGAAAAUGAGGAAAGGCUGCAAAAGAUCAUCCACAUGGAAUUCAGUCUCUGGCAGGAGACAGGUGAAAAGGUUCCUCAAUCUCUAACUCCUGAACAGUGGAAGAACCUCUACAACUUGCCCUCCAGAGCAGGAAGGAAGAAAUACCUGCUCUAUCUCUUCAAGGUGGAAAAGGCAAAAGAGAAGCAGGUGAUAAAGAAAGAAGAAGCAGCACAAUUACGAGAGGUAUAUCUCGCCCAGAGAAGAGAGGAACGGGCAAAAAACCCACACAUCAUCUAUGGCCUUGCAAAGAAUACCAUUUUACUCAAGGUCUAUGAUAAGACCAUGGACAUGUUCCACAACUACAAGGUGUUUAAUGCCAUGCUCUGGGGCCAAUCCAUUGUGUUUGAUCUCAGCUAUGACUCGUAUAUGAACCAGCGGGAGUGCCUGAAUUGUGCUGAUCAGAUACAGAUGGCCUUGGCAGCCAAUCGAAGACAUGCAGAUCCAUUUCAUGUUCAACUUUGCCAUGUGGAUGCCCAGAGUCCCACCUACAGGGCAUUAGAAAAGUUCAUUCCGACCAUUAGAGAACCCACAUAUCCAUUGAGCAUUCAUGAACACAGUUACCUUAAUCUCUACCCCAAAGAUAAGCUUGUUUAUCUCACACCCCAUUGUCGUGAAGAAAUAAAAGAAGUGGAUGAUGAUGUCACAUACAUCAUCGGUGCUAUUGUCGACAAGAGCGGUGGUGAUCCCAUUUCCUUGGCCAAGGCCAAACGUCUUGGCAUUCGAAUGCAGAAACUUCCUCUUGAUACCUAUCUUAAUUGGGGAAUGGGCCACAAGACCCUAACUCUGAACCAAGUUAUGGAGAUCUUGCUGGAUGCUAAACACUACAAAGACUGGAAGUACGCCUUGAGACAUGUUCCCAAGCGGAAACUGAUAAAAUUUCAGAAUCUACAGCCCAAGUAUCCUGUGCCUGCGGUGCUGCAGAAGGGAACCCUAAAAGCUGAGGCGAUCAAUGAGAAGGUGUGGCAAGGCCGUGUUCAGCGAUUUGAUAGACAGUCCUAAAUAAACACAAGUGAAAGCCUCUUUCAGG